GCACCGCCCCUAGGCCUGUGUUAGAUCAGUGGCUAUGUGAUUUCAUCGAUGAACUCCUGAACUGAUGCAAGAACAUCUUCAUUUCACUAACUGCCAAUCAAGGCAGGGUCGAAUAUUCAUGUCCCAUAAUCUCUAUCUCGGCGAUACAUGCGCUAGAAGGUGGUAUAUCUAGUACGAAUGCCAUCAUUAUAUGUCCACCGAGUUCGCCACUCACUCGUAUCCAUUCAUCCCAUGUCCCUCGACCUAAAUUAUGCUGGUUGGUGGCCGGUAGUCGAUUUUAAUCUUAACUUCAGUUAUUUCGUAGUUGCGUCCUCUGUUGCGGUGAUAUACGAUUGGGCACUUACAUUCGGACAAGAGUUUGAACUGGUCUGGAGACGUCGCUGGUCCCUUAUGAAAGCCCUAUAUCUCGGUGUGCGCUACGGUGGAAUACUUUACAUUGCCAUCAACACGCUGCAAGUUCUUCCGAUGGUCUCCGUGACAGAUGUAGUGAGCAGCAUUAUGUACUCCGCACUAAAUUGGAUGGGUGUCGUCGUAAAUACUAUGCUAGGUGCCAUCAUGAUCACUCGGUUAUGUGCCAUGUAUCGGCGAUCGAGAAAGAUGCUUAUCUUUCUCAUUGUGAUCUUCAUGGCUGUCAUGAUCGCCUGGGGAGUUAUGACUGCAAUGGUAAACAGGCACACUUCAGGGGAGGACCUCGUCCUCUUCGGCACCUAUCAGUGCACUUACCAUGACGAGGAGGCUGACGCCGCAAUUUUUCUUUCCAUGACAUGGAUACUCGCCACUGUAUGGGAAGUCCUCGCACUGUGUCUUGCAGUCUGGAUUGUUAUAAAAGACUCCCUUGAACUGCAGCGACCAUCGACGGGAUGGACCAUAGGUGACUGUUUCACGGUGUUAAUACAGACCCACGUAGUUUACUUUGCAAGUUUUGCUGCUGUUUCUUGCUUCGACCUUGGUCUUUUAUCUCCACAUUUUUCGUCAGUAGAUGUGGGAACUCAGGUUUAUGACGGUGUUCGUCAAAUCGUCUCGGCGCUACAAAUGUUUGUGCUGGGACCACGCCUCGUCCUGAGUGUUCGACAAUAUCACGCGAAGCUCGUGGCCAACUCCGAUGCAGGAACGGACAUGAGUGCACUGGCUUUCUGGCAACCCACACAUGUGCCGACUGACGACGAUGUGUAAAAAUAUUCCAAGUGAUUAAACUUGUUGACUACUCUGCAGAGGGAGCACGAGUGUCAUAACGUGUUCUCCGUACGUACUUCAUUUUACAUACACAGUCACUACUUCACGUUUUUUUUUCGUUCUCCGUCUCGACCACGACAUGCUUUUAUUGCUCUUCCGUUGGAAUCAAGUCCCCUCACUCCUUCAAUCGAGAGAUAAUAAUCCAG